GCCGACACCAACGCCGUGCGCUGAGGGGCAAAGUGAAAUGCUCGGGCUCUGGAAGAGGGCUGUGGCUUUGCCCCCUCACCUCUUCCAGGCUGGGUUGUUGGCUCCCGUCACCUCUUGCACCGGCAGAUCUCCCUCGGGUGGGGCAGCUUUCCUUGCCCAGCUCCCAGCGCUGAGAAUUGGCUCUGGCUGCCCAUCAUCGACGUGAUGUGAUGGGGACUGUCCUGCCCACGAGUGAGUCACCGCCUUGGGAUGUUUAUUUCUGAGUCUUCCAAGCACUGGAACUCUGCUUAGCAUGUGAUUGGACCCGGUUUGCCUUUAAGCACGCUUCCUUCAUGUUUUAGAACCAGCCUGAGGAUGCAGAGAGCUGUUCCUGGGGCUCUGUUGGGUUCGUCCUUGUCAGUGGGGUUGCUGCUGCCUUCUGCAAUGUGGGACUCAAUGUUCCAUUAAUACAGCACAGCACUGGUGACUUGGGCAUGUCUAUCUAAUAAGGUUAUGCUCUGCCCUGUCGAAUGCUUCCUGGAAUGAGCCUCAGAAAGCAAAAGCAGGGAAAAAAAAAUAAUCUAGGGACAAGACUGGGGGGAGAUGUGAGUCAAGAGUUGUCUCUGAAGACAAUUGUGAAGUCUGAACGUGCAGGUUUAUUGCUGAGGCUGUGGGUUGGUGCCUUCCCUUUUGGGGGGAAGGUGAGGAUGGAGUUACCCUUCACCCAGCCCUUGAGCAGUGCCCAGUGCUUGCUGCCGCCCUCCGAACUCCAGUCACUCAGCUCUGCUCUCUCACCUCCAGCAGCACUGCUGGGCACUGCUCUGACCCAGAUUCGGUGGCUUCCCUGAUGCUGCAUCUACGUCAUCUUCCCAUCUCCUCCCUGGCAGAGCGCAGCUCAGUGCCACCCACCCCGAGUCCUCUGAACUUCCCCUCUCUGCAAGCUGCUGUCUGUCGCUGCAGCUCAUGUCUGCCACCCCCUCAUGCGACCCACGCCUGUCCUGAGGGAGCGGCGCUGAUUCAUUCAUACAGAAAGGAAAACUCUUCUUGCAGGCAUCGCUGUGCAGGAGCGCUGGCAGUGCACAGCUGCUCUCCUUGGUGCUUUGCAUGCAAGGAAACGUUCUGGGGGCUGCUGCCGGGGGCAGAAGGUUCCUCAGGAGGGGCAGUGCACAAAUGUCUGCUCAGUGGUGCUGUGUCCCCACCUGUAGGGAGGAGAACUGGUGCUAUUUCCCCCCCAUGGAUUGCAGUGGGGUGAGAGAAGAUGCCAUUACCCUGCUCGGGUUUGGUUCUUCCUCCCCAGGUGUUCUGCAGGGUGGGCACGGUGCUGCAGCAGCUCGUGGGGUGAAACCUCCCUGCUUUGCCGACUGCAGCCAGAAAUCACUCCAGGAGCUGCAGUAAAAGCAGAACACGUUUUAUGUUCGACAUCCCCACAAAUUAAAAGGGGAUGAGGUUGAAUGAGUUAAUGAAUAUUAGCAGCUCCGGUGCAGAGCUGCCAGGAGUUAAUAAAUCUUAGUGAGAUCUGACACUUUCAGCCAUGUUCUGCCAAAGCAAUUAAUAAAUUGAUAAGCGUCAGCUGUGUCUUCUAGUGUCGAGGUCUUUUGUUGGAGCUCCUCUGAAAUGUGGGCUUCCCCCUUUCCCUUUGGAGCCCUAUCACUGGGCUGUGUCCCAACAGGGGCUGCACAAAUGCAGUCCUCAGGACCAGAAUCCCUCUGCAGCCCUCCCUAAGCUGGUUUAUCCCUCUCUGGAGCUCCAAGAGAGCUGCUUUGGCUGAGCCCAGGGAGCUGACUUUAGUUCUAGGCAGUGGGCUUGGAGCUGACUCAAUUUUAUGAAUGGAUGUGUCACAUCCGUUCCUCCUGUUCGUGCUGGGAGCAGAACGAGGCACACAGCCCUGCCCGGGCUCUGCUUGGGCACUUCAGGGCUCUGGGCAGGCUGUGUGCUAAUCAGAAGGAUGCAAUUAGACCCAACUUCAUUAGGAAGCAUUAUGUUUUCAUCUGCAGUGGCUCGGCUCCUGCUUUUUCUGAAGUAUGGAGCCAUAAGCAGCCACAGAGAAAAAAACCAGUGUCACUGUUUCCCAGGAGAAACUGGAGCAGUCUCUGGAUACGAGGCUGCGUCCUCACUGAAGAUGCCUCUGACUACCUGCAAGAAGGGCAGGGCUGCAGUCUGGGGAAAGAAUGCAGGUUUUUGGUUGUUGUCUGUGCAGGACAGAGCACGCCUCAUCCAGCUGUUGGCUUUGUAUCACCUGAAUUCCUCUGUGUGUUCGUUAGCGUUACCCUGAGCCUCUCCUUUGCAUCAGAGCAGUUACAGGGCAGGGUGCCUGCACCUCUGCGUGCCUCAGGGCCUUUGUUCAGCAGUGCCCAUGAUUUCAAGGUCCUGGUGAGAAUCUCAGGGCUCUUGUGAGGCCUCGUGGAACCUGGGGCUGCAUCCAAGGGGACAAAGGGGUGAGCGUAGGGUGCAGGGGUUGGGGUUGUUGUGCACAGAGGGAGUUGCAAGCAAUUACAACCUAUACGUGCAGGAGUUAGAGCUCCAGUUGGGAGGGCUGUCCUUCCUGACCCUUCUGCCCCGCUCUGUCUCCUCUUCUGGCAGGUGCCCAUCGCUGCCUUGCAGGGCUCUGAAGAUGUCAAACAGCAACACAGCGCAGGAGUCCCUGGAAAUAAUGAAGGAGUCAGAAAAAAAGGUGGUCGAGGAAUCCGUGAGCAAAACCAAAUACGUAUCCAGGUCACCCAGCAAGGAGGAAGCGGAGAAGGAUGGGGGGGAGGAGGUCAGCGUGCGUCAGGAAUCUCAGAGACGGACGUCGGGUCAUGGGCAUGCCAGAAAAAGAGCCAAGUCUAAUUCAAAGCUUAAGCUGGUCAGGAGCUUGGCUGUGUGUGAAGAAUCGUCUAGCCCCUUUGUAGAUGGGCUGCUGGAGUCCCAGGACAUCAUUCAGUUGCAUGUUAGCUGCCCCUCUGACAAGGAAGAGGAAAAGUCCACGAAAGAUGGGGCUGAGAAAGAAGAAAAAGAAAAGAAUAAAGACAAGGCACCAAGGAAGAUGCUGUCUCGAGAUUCCAGCCAGGAAUACACGGACUCCACUGGAAUCGAUUUGCAUGAGUUUUUAGUAAAUACACUGAAAAAAAACCCGAGGGAUAGAAUGAUGCUGCUAAAGUUAGAACAGGAGAUUCUGGAAUUUAUUAGUGAUAGCAACAAUCAGUUUAAGAAGUUCCCUCAGAUGACCUCGUACCACAGGAUGCUGCUGCACCGGGUAGCUGCCUACUUUGGCAUGGACCAUAACGUCGACCAAACUGGGAAGGCAGUCAUUAUCAACAAGACCAGUAACACACGAAUUCCUGAGCAGAGGUUCUCUGAGCACAUCAAAGAUGAGAAGAAUGCAGAGUUUCCACAGCGGUUUAUCCUAAAACGGGACGAUACCAGCAUGGACCGAGACGAUAAUCAGAUCAGACUCCCCUUGCAGGAUGGGAGAAGGAGCAAAUCUAUAGAAGAGCGAGAGGAGGAGUACCAGCGGGCCAGGGAGCGGAUAUUUGCACGAGAGACUGGCCAGAACGGAUAUCUCACCGACAGCAGGGGCAACCGGGACGGUUUGAACCGGGCCUCGGGCAGCCGCCAGAGCAGCACAGAGAGCGAGAUAAAGUCCCUGGAGCCCCGGCCGUGGAGCAGCACGGACUCGGAUGGCUCCAUCCGCAGCCUGCGACCGCCCGUCACCAAAGCCAGCAGCUUCAGUGGCAUCUCCAUCCUGACACGGGGGGACAGCAUCGGGAGCAGCAAAGGCAGCACGGCCAGCAGAGCGUCCCGGGCAGGUCUGGUUCUAGGUGGCCCUGAAGCGUGCAGCCAAGCCCCUUCUUCGCAGCCCAGCCGUGGCCUCCUUCCCUGCGCAUCCCAGCAGCCUCAACCACCACCUCCCCAGCAGCCACCGCCGCCGCAGCCCCAAGGCCUUCCCCCCGCACCCCAGCAGCAGCCAGCCAUCAGUAACCACAUGAUAUCGCAGCCGGUCCCAGCGCUGCAGCCUGUUCAGUAUUCUCCAAGCUCCUGCCCCCAAGUCCUCUUGCCAGUCUCUCCACCCCAGCAGUACAACAUGGCUGACGAACUCAGCAACCCCUUUGGGCAGAUCAGCCUCAGCCGGCAGGGCUCGACGGAAGCACCGGAUCCUUCCUCGGCGAUGUUCCAGUCAUCCCUCAUCUCCCAGCACCCUCAGCAGGCGGGAUUCAUCAUGGCAACCCCUGGGCAGCCCAUUCCCACCUCCAACUACUCAGCCUCAGGGCACACGGUCCCCACGCAGCAGGUGCUGCAGCCCCAGGGCUACAUUCAACCUCCCCAGCAAAUUCAGGUUUCUUACUACCCUCCCGGGCAGUACCCAAACUCCAGCCAGCAAUACCGAUCUCUCAGUCACCCAGUGGCCUACAGCUCUCAGCGCCCGCAGCAGCUCCCCCAGCAAGCCCAGCAGCCUGGUUUACAGCCAAUGAUGUCCAACCAGCAGCAAACAUACCAAGGUGUGAUGGGAGUGCAGCAGGCGCAAUCCCCCGGGCUCCUCAACAGCCAGAGGAAUAGCAUGGGGGGCCAGAUGCAGAGCGUGAUGGGGGUGCAGCAGACGCAGCCCCCAAGCCUCCUCAGCAGCCAGAGGAGCAGUAUGGGGAGCCAGAUGCAAGGCCUGAUGGUCCAGUACACUCCACUGCCUUCAUACCAGGUUCCCGUGGCCAAUGAGUCCCAGAGUGUGGUCCAGCAGCCCUUCCAGCAGCCAGUGCUCGUGCCAGCCAGCCAGUCUGUCCAGGGGGGGCUUCAGACUGGAGGUGUGCCCAUCUACUACAGCGUCAUCCCAACUGCCCAGCAGAACGGCACCAGCCCUUCGGUGGGGUUCCUGCAGCCGCCCGGCUCCGAGCAGUACCAGAUGCCGCAGUCUCCCUCUCCCUGCAGCCCGUCGCAGAUGCAGCAGCAGUAUCCAGGGGUGUCUCCUUCAGGCCCCGGCGUGGUUGUGAUGCAGCUGAAUGUACCCAAUGGCCCCCAGCCCCCCCAGAACGCCCCUGUGGUGCAGUGGAGCCACUGUAAGUACUACAGCCUGGAGCAGCGGGGGCAGAAGCCAGGAGACCUGUACAACCCAGACACCAGUGCUCAGGCCAGCACCCAGCUGAACAGCCCCAUCACGUCCCCCACCCAAUCCCCAACGCCGUCUCCCGUCACCAACCUGAACAGCGUCUGCACGGGGCUGAGCCCCCUCCCGGUCCUCACGCAGUUCCCCCGGCCCAUGGGCCCAGCACAAGGUGACGGGCGUUACUCGUUGCUGGGCCAGCCACUGCAGUACAACUUGUCCAUCUGUCCCCCACCGCUGCUCCACAACCAGCCCAACUACACUGCACACCAGGGACAGACUGGAAUGAAACACGGGAACCGGAGCAAGAGACAGGCCCUCAAGUCAGCAUCCACCGACCUGGGCACGAGCGAU